AUGCAGCAACAGAAUCACAUCAUCUAUUAUCAACAACAACAACAACAACUACAACCCCGCUCUUUCCAUACAUCAUCAGACAAUGCCUCCCCUCUCCUAACAAUCGCCGUCCUAUGCAUCAUCGGAGCCGCAGCUGCAUUGCUUCUCGCAUACUACGUCUUGGUCAACAAAUGCCGCUGUUCCUCGCUUCCCUUCAAUCUCCCAACAUCGACCUGGUUUCUCCCUUCCUCCAGCGCAACAGCCGCCACCGGACAACCCGCUGUUGACGACUCCUUCAUCGCCCUGUCCCCUGGCAAUUGGCCUCGCGGCGGCGGCGGCGGCGGCGGCCUCGACGAACUUACCAUUCAAGCUCUCCCAACUCGCGAGUACAGAACAGGAGGAGUACUAGAAUGCGGCGGCGGCAUCUACGGCUGCGUGGUGUGCCUGAACGAGUUCAAGGAAGAGGACAUCCUCAGAGUCCUCCCCAAUUGUGCCCACGCCUUCCACUUGCCCUGCAUCGACCUUUGGAUGCAGAGCAAUGCCAUUUGCCCGCUCUGCCGGACAAGCAUUUCCUCGGCGCAACUCGCUUCGGGGCAUAAUCCUCGUCGUCUCCAAGUGGUUGCUCCGAGCUCCUCCCCUCGAGGCUCGCAGCAACAAGCCGAGAGCGUCUUAGGAAGCGACGAGGAUUUUGUGGUGAUUGAGUUGGGCGGAGAUGUGGAAGGUCGUGCCGUCGUUUCGGAAGCUCAUCCCCCUGCUGCUGCUCCUCGUCGUCGUUUCGGGAGCCAGUCUCCUGAGGUGAUUGGGAAGCGGAAGCAGAAGCAGAGCAAGUGCGGCGGCCGUCACUUGUCCGUGAUGGGAGAUGAAGGGAUCGAUUAUGUGAGGAUGGGGAAAGAGGGUGAAGGUGAUCAGUUUGCAGUUCAGCCAAUCAGAAGGUCCUUUUCGUGGGAUUCGGCGGCGGAUCGGCAGCUUCUAUCUAGCGUUCGAGCCUUGUUGAUUCGACGGAGUAGUAGUGGUGGUGGUAGUCAUAGCAGAGCUCGAAAUGAAGGACGUUGUUUUUUCCCGUUUGGUUAA